AUGGUACCGGUUCAAAGCAUUAUCUCAACGUCUGCACCAACUACCACAGAACAUGCUUCAACUGAACUGUUAACUACUGAAAAUCUAUCUACAGAAAGUGGAACUACGGUACCGGAUCAAAGCAUUAUCUCAACGUCUGCACCAACAACCACAGAACAUGCUUCAACUAAAAUGUUAACUACUGAAAACCUAACUACAGAACAAGUAAAUACUGUCCCUGUCCAAAACAUUCCCUCAAUGUCUGUACCAACUACAUUAAUUUCCACAGAACAUGCUUCGCCUGAACAGUUAACUACUGGACACCUAAACUCUGAUCAAGCAAUUACUGCACAGAUUCAAAACACUCCCUCAACACCAGUACCAACUACAUUCACUACCAGAGAACAAGUUUCAACUGAUGAGUUCUGCUAACUGUCUGACACAGGUAACUGUUCAAAACCAACUACAUUCAAUACCACAGUGCAUGUUUCUACUGGACAGCUGUCUACCAGACUCCUAACAUCUGACCCAAUGAUUACUGUACCUGUUCAAAACAGGACCUCAACGCCUAUACCACACUAAUUCAUUUCCACAGAACAUGCUUCAACUGAACAGUUAAUUUCUGAAAACCUAACUACAGAAAGUGGAACUACUGUACCUGUUCAAAGCAUUAUCUCAACAUCUGCCACCAACUACCACAGAACAUGCUUCAACUGAAAUGUUAACUACUGAAACACUCAACUACAGAGCAAGUGACUACUGAUUACUUAACUGCAAAGUGCUUCUACUCCACCUGUCCAAAACAUUCCUUCAUCGUCUGUACCAGCUACAUUCAAUACCACAGACCAAGUUACAACUGAGCAGUUAACUACUGAACACCUAAAGUCUGACCAAGCGAAUACUGUACCUGUUCAAAGCAAUAUCUCAAUGCCUGUACCAAAUACUACAGAGCAAGUUUCAACUGAACAAUUAACUACUGGACACCUAAACUCUGAUCAAGCAAUGCACAGGUUCAAAACACUCCCUCAACACCAGUACCAACUACAUUCAAUACCACAGAGCAAGUUUCAACUGAUGAGUUAA